CCUCCCUAGACUGUGUGGGCGUUCUUUGGAAGACGGCACCAAACCUCCAAGUCAGUCAGGUGCAAUUUGAUUUUGCUAGCAGCUGCUUUGAAAUUUGGGGGAUUUUUUUGGCUGGGUGCUUGUUUGUCGUGGUUUUUUUAAAAGCCCUUCUCAUCUUGCAUUAGCAGCCCCGAAUGCCGAGAGGGCUUUUAUGUAAUUUUUGUAAUUUUUUUGCAAUUUAACAAAGCUUAAAUAAUCACGACGUUCCCCAGCGACUCUCUCCAAGGCACUUGCAACCGCGGCCGUUGCAACCGGAGCACCGUGCGCAUCUUCCCAUGGAGGCCGUGAUCUGCUAAAACAUACACACACACAAAUAUACAAAUACCUGAAGGAGACGCAUCGGGAUAAUAACAUGGAGGAAGAGGAGGAGCUGCAGCACUGAAUUCCCGGGCUGUGCUAUCAAGCGGCAAAGAGAUGGUGAUUUUGUAAUGUGUUCCCGGUGCAACUUCUGGAGUUGUGAGAGCUUUUGCCUCCCCUUCCCCCGCCUCACCUGCCUCCUACUUGCCGCCUGUCUCCUCUAUUUUUGAUCUGCCGUUUCCGCUCUUCUCCGCACCCCCCCAGAGCCCCCUCCCCACUUUUCCCGCUUUGCCAUGGGAAUGGGGGCAGGUUUCUUGGCCCUUGUCAUGUCGGCUUCAUUUUUCAAUCCCAGCUUUGCCUUCAGUUCGCACUUCGACCCCGACGGCACUCCCUUGAGUGAGCUGUCCUGGUCCUCUUCUCUGGUGGUUGUGGCUGUUUCCUUUUCUGGGCUCUUCACCUUCAUCUUCCUCAUGUUGGCCUGUCUGUGCUGCAAGAAGGGGGGCAUUGGCUUUAAGAGCUGGAGAAGCGAAUCCCGGGAGAAGAGGCUGAGGAUGGUUUUGAGGUGUCUGCCCUGCACGGGGGCCAGCACAGUGCCCAAAACGGCCUGUAAUGUAGAACUGGGGAACCCUGGGCAGCCCUCCCCCUGCCCCCUGACCAAGGAAUUUGAUAAUGCUGAAGGAGAAGAAUACGUGAGCGAAUUCUCAGUCCAAGGCUCACCCGCCACACAGAAUGGCCCUGAAGUUUACAUUCUGCCUCUCACUGAAGUCUCCUUGCCCAUGUCCAGGCAACCUGGGCGUUCGGUGCAACUACUCAAAUCCACAGACCUGGGACGUCACAGUCUGCUGUACCUCAAAGAAAUUGGCCAUGGAUGGUUUGGCAAGGUGUUCCUCGGUGAGGUGAAUGCAGGGCUGAGCAGCACACAGGUGGUAGUGAAGGAGCUCAAAGCCAGUGCCAGUGUGCAGGAUCAAAUGCAGUUCUUGGAAGAGGCUCAACCCUACAGGGCACUCCAGCACACCAACCUCCUGCAGUGCCUGGCCCAGUGUGCGGAAGUGACACCUUACUUGCUGGUGAUGGAGUUUUGUCCACUGGGUGACCUGAAAGGCUACUUGCGGAGCUGCCACGCGGCUGAGGCACUCGCGCCUGACCCUCUGACCCUGCAGCGCAUGGCCUGCGAGGUGUCCUGUGGCCUUCUCCACCUUCAUCGCAACAACUACGUGCAUAGCGACCUGGCAUUGCGGAACUGCUUACUCACGGCUGACCUGACUGUCAAAAUUGGCGACUACGGCCUUUCCCACUGCAAAUACAAAGAGGACUACUUUGUGACAGCUGACCAACUGUGGGUACCCUUGCGCUGGGUGGCGCCUGAACUCAUCGAUGAGGUACACGGCAACCUGCUCAUCGUCGACCAGACAAAAUCCAGCAAUAUCUGGUCCUUGGGCGUGACCAUCUGGGAGCUCUUCGAACUGGGCAGCCAGCCCUACUGCCACUAUUCAGACCGGCAGGUGCUCACCUAUGCCAUCAAGGAGCAGCAGCUGAAACUUCCUAAGCCACAACUCCCCCUCUCACUCUCUGACCGCUGGUAUGAGGUGAUGCAGUUUUGCUGGCUGCAGCCAGAGCAGCGUCCCACAGCUGAGGAGGUGCACCUCCUGCUCUCCUACUUGUGUGCCAAGGGCGCUUCAGAAGCCGAGGAGGAGUUUGAGCAGCGCUGGAAUUCCAUGAAACCUGGGGGUGGCGGCGGGGGUGGCUCGGGCUCCGGCCAUGUGGGUGUGGAGCUCUCCUCUUUCCCUCUUCUGGAACAUUUCUCCAAUGACGGCGAUGAUGUCCUGACCGUCAUGGAAACAAGCCAUGGCCUCAACUUUGAGUACAAGUGGGACCAAGGGAAAUCUGAGCACCUGCCCGCUUCUGCUCUGAGCCCUCAUGGUGCCGCUCGCUACCAUGAGCUCUACUAUUCAGCCAGCAGUAGCGGUGGCGGCGGCGGCGGCGGCGGAGGUGGNNNNUCGCCUUCGUGCUAUGAGUGCAAAAUGCAAGGCUGCCUCGGCCUGCACACGCCAGGGGUGGUGCCUGUGCUGAGCGCUCACAGUCCCUCCUUGAACAGCGAGUACUACAUCCGCAUUGAAGAGGCAGCCUCUGAGGGCAGCGGGGCUGACUUUGAUUACACCAUGUGUUCCUAUAGCCCAGAGUUUGGCCAUUCCUCUCAGUGGCAAACCAAAGAAGACCAGUACGACGAGUCGAACAACAGUCCCAGCAUCUCCCUCACUAUGGAACCUCUUUUGGGCCACUCGGUCCAUGCAGACGACCACUGGGAGCCUCCUGGCUAUUACUCUUACGGAGAACCGUGGGACAAGGAGGUCCCAUUUUAUGAGGCCUCCCCAAAGGACAGCAGCGCUGAGCGCUACCUGGUCAAGGAGCCUGGAUCCUCUGAGUGGCCCAUCCCCACCUUGAAGAAAAGCAUCUUUGCAGACCCACUAGGUGUGUCACCACCAGCGACCUUUGCCUACGAGGAGGCCGUGUCAGACUCAGUCGCUCUGGAAAUGGGGGAAGAGGAAGAGGCGGAAGAGGAGAACUUGCCCAAUAACCGCGGGAGUGCAGAGGGUGAGAAGAACCAAUCCCCUUCCUCCUGUCAGUACUGGACCUCCAACACCUCAGCCAAUAACAAUAGCAGCAGCCACCCUCUGGCCCCCUGCGAGCCGCCUGCCAACGAUAGCUGGUGCUACCGGCACAUGAUCACCUUCCAGGGGCUCAUGGCAGAGCCCUUGUGCACAGUGCCACGGGACGAGCCUGUGCUAGGCCUUAGAGACCUGCGUGCUGCCCUGCUCGGUGGGGAGCAUGCCGCAUCCUCUCAGAUGGGCUCCCCCUGUCCAGACACAGAAACACCUACAGAGGAAGAGAGCUCAGGGGAGGUCACCAGUCCAGAGAUCAGAGCGGAGGAACAGGUUGAUCCCUUGCCUGAGAGUGGCGCAGAAAGCCAACAGCCCGACACUCUGCCGUUGGGGGGAGGAGAUUUGACAGUGUCAGCGUCUACCCCAGAAGCUAUGAAAAACACAGCUGCUGAGGACACCCUUGUGCCAGGUGAGUUAACAGCUGAGAUGACAGGAAACGGAGAAGACUUAGUCCUCGGGGAGGACAUUUUGUAUGACUGCUCCCCCAAAGUGCCGCAAGAGAUCAGCCUGGAAAGUGGCAAGACCAUCGCCAGUGAACAGGACAGGACGCCGGACAAGACUGUUUCAAGUGCAAGUUUCCCUGACUUGGAUGAGGCCAGUGAUGAAGAUACAGCUGAGCUUACAUCAGGGGUAUUCACUGACUUCCCGGUUGAUUGUCCUGAGCGGCAGGAUGUCACGCCCACCUUCAAGUCCUUGCAGAAGCAGGUCGGGACCCCUGACUCCUUGGAGUCACUGGACAUCCCUUCCACCACCAGCUCCUGUGAGGUGUUCAGCCCAACCACGUAUGUGCCCUCAAGCCAGCCUAAGGCCUUGGACAGUGGUUAUGACACAGAGAACUACGAGUCACCUGAAUUUGUCCUUAAGGAACCUCAUGAGCCACGAGAACCAGAAACCUUUGCCCAGCUAGGGAAGUCAGUGGAUGAUCCGGAGGACCAAGCCAAAGAACUCAGCCUCUCCAGUUCUUUCAGUGCUGAGCUGCAAGGUUUGGAUGAGAAGAACCCUUACCGUGACUCAGCCUACUUCUCGGAUUAUGAUACUGAGGGGGGGAACCGGGAGGAUGGGGAAGGGGACAGCGAUGGUUCUGAGGGGCAUGAGCCGGACGUCCCCCAGGAACACCUUGAUGGACUAGAGAAGGACCUUGAUCAAAAUGGCAGCAUAGCUGAGUCGGAGCUUCCCUGCUUUCCUGAGCCUGAUUGCCCAGAUGGAAAUGGUGUCGGAUGCAUCUCUCCAACACAGACAGAGGAACAGGGCACGAGGACAGGCCUCGGUAUCCCUUUAGCACAAGAGCUGCUGGUGGUGAAUGGCGUGGAGGCUGAUGCUAGCCCACCCAGCUGCAAGAAGGAGGAUGGAACUGUUGCCGUGCCCCAAACACCUGCCCCCAUCAGCAGGUCUUUUUCCUUAUCCCCUGUGCCCACAGACGUAGAGGUGCCCCCUGCGAGUGGUGAUGGAGUGGAGACAGGGGAGGCAGAGCAGGGAAGCCGGGUAAGGGAGGCAAAGCAGCCCGGAGAGGUAUUGCAGGAAACUAGCCCUUCCGAGGAGCCCCAGAGCAGUCCUGCGGGGCUCUCACUGAACCUGUCGGUGGUGCCAACCCAGCAGUCCUCUCUCCCCAAUGAUCUGGAAGAAGAGGAGGAGGACACAGAGGACAGUGAUGAGUCAGAUGAGGAAUUGCGGUGCUAUAACAUCCAGGACCAAAGUGAGGAGAGCGAGGAGGAUUCGCCCACGGUGCCCAUCGUGGUGGCGGAGAGUCACAGUGGUCGCAACCUGCGUAGCCUGCUUAAGAUGCCUAGCCUGUUGGUGGAGACCUUCUGUGAUGACCUGGAACGCAAGAAGAAAGCUGUCUCCUUCACCGAGGACGUCACUGUCUACCUCUUUGACCAGGAAAGUCCAACGAAGGAACUUGCCGAGCAGCCUUUCCCAGGAGUGACGGAGCCUCCUGCGGGAGUGCCAGCUCUGCAGAAGGACAUCAGCGGUACCUCAGGCGCAGCGGAAAGGACAAGUGCACCCAGCAACAACAACAACUCAGAAAGGAGCCUCUCUGACCUGAGUAAGGGAGGUGGUUUCGAGUGGGAAGAUGACUUCUCGCUUCUGCCAGUGAAACCCACUGUCCUUUCGGCCCUGACUUCAUCAGCACCUGAGCCUCCCCUCUCUGGACUGCCAGCUGCCCUCGUGCCAGCGCAGAAGCAAGUGCUGCCCAUCCAGUUCUCGCGCUUCACCGUCUCUCCUGCCCCAGCCUCACGGUUCUCCAUCACCCAUGUCACCGACACAGAUGUCCAAUCUGUAGGAGGCAGCAGCGUAAAUGGAGACAGAGAGUGAACUUGGCCACGGGCUUUCUUUCGGACUUCCCAACCUCUCUCUCCCCCACACAGCACUGGUGUCUGCACUGGGGCCAAGGAGAAAGGACCACGGCCCAGAACCUGCGUGAAGCAGAAGAACUCUGCAGGGCCUUUUGCUCUUAUAUUUUUUAAGAGCCAAGUUUUACUGGACCGAUCUUGACAGCUGCUAGGCUGGAACCACCCCACAGGGAGGCGGCUUGGGGUGAGCAUGUGUGAGAGGCGAAGGCGGUGUGUGCAGGAGCGUGUAUGUGUGUGCGUGUGUGUGCGUGUGUGUACAGGUAGACCAAUAGAGAUAAUAGAACCUAUAACAUUUAAAAGAUAGAUCUGUGAUCUUGCUAACAUUGCUGCCCCUCCACCCAAGCCAUUUUGAUAUCUUUGUCUCCAGCUCAUGCCUCUUGACGUUUUGACGCACGUUGGCUUCCCACAUUGGGGCGUCGCCUUGAGACACACCACCUCCUGCCUGUUCUGUAAGCUUGCCAUGGGUUCUUUCCAAACCCAGUGUGGGACCUGGGGAGAGAGCACACAGCCUUCACACCUUGUGCCAUUCAGACAGAAUUUACUUGGGCCCCUCAAGGAUUAGGAUUUAUUUCCUGCCUAGUGGCUGCAAGACCUUCUUGCCCCUCAUUCAGCAUACUGAGUCUGGAGACCUGGUGGAAUGGAGGUACCAAACUGGGAAAGAGGGGUGAAGGAACGCAAGGCCAGGGGCAUGUAGGGGAGGUGCUCAGUGCUAGGUGGUAUGGACUCAGUAGGCAUUUCCCCUUUUCACUGUCUGGUUCCCCCCCAUAUAAACUUUGUUGGUACUGCCAGCCCGUUACUGUCUGCCCUGCUGAAACAAUGUUGGAUAAAAUUGUUCCAUUCAUGUUGCAACCGUUGAUCCAAGACCCUCCCUAUCUUGUCCUAGUUACUGAUCGGCAGUAAAUGUCUCCACCUCCCAUUAGGAAGGGGUCCAGUUUAGCAGCACAGGAAAAGCUGUGCCUUAAUGGCAUCAGGCACCCCAUCUUUUUCUCUCCCCCAGCCCGUGGAGAAAGUAAUGUUUUCUUCAAGUCUGCCUUUUCAGAGGUGGCCUGGUCAGAAAAGGAAGGGCAAGAAAAAUAUUCCAGGUAAGGUUGUUUAAAUGGUUCACUGGCUGGGAGGGACUGUGUGGUGCUGAAAUCUACCUGUGCCACUCCCCUUCCCUUCCUCUCCUCUUCAUCACUCCCCCACCAUGAUAUGGUUUAGGUGGAGCUUGUCCAGGAUGUAUACCAUUUCCAGGAGCCAAUGUGUAAUUAUACCAAAACCUUUACAAAAUUCCUGCAGAAAUGAAAAGAAAUCCCAACACCCCUUUGCUGCUCCUGCAGGAAUGAAUAAAUCUGUAGCAAAAGCAGGGCAGACUGCCCCCACCAGUAUUUUUGUAUAACAGUUUAUCCACUGCUCUAUCACUUGCCCUAACAGAGUGGCAGAUAUGUUACUGUUGCCAAAGAGAUGCAAAGGGUUAACUUGUAUCAAGAUGUCCAGUGGGGCAGGGAAAAGAUUAAGGAUGGAGAGGAAGAAGACGAUCCUAUUGGUGUUUUUUUAAAAAACAAAAUAUUAUUUUAAAGGCUGAGGAUAUUUGUGCAAUUUGGACUGGGGGUGAAAAAGGAAGGAAGGAAGUCAGAGACAUGUUGGACUCGGGGUGGUUGUGGCCAUUUGGGGCUAUAGACCAAAUGCAGGCUUUGAAAAUCAAAGAGCAGAGAGAUUGGGAUGCACGUGGCAGCAGCCAGUAAGGUACUGGAGCCAUUCCAUUAUGCCCUUAGAGGAGGACCUUAACAAUACUAGCCUGAACAACUGUAAAACAGCUGGUUUUUAUGGUGCAUUCACUUCUGUGGCUUUUUAUUGUGCAUUCACUUUUAUUCUUACCAUCUCUUGGGAUCUGAUAUUAGUACAAGGUUUGGCAAUGAGGCUGAUCACUUACUUAGUCUUGUCUCUUCUUGGGUUUUUUUUUUUAAACCACAAGGUACAUAAUAAUAAUAAUGCACUUUAAUUUAUAUGUAUACGCACACAGCACAUGCAACUUGCCUAUCAUAUUAACUGGAUGGUGCUCUUGGUCUCCAAUAGCAAUGGUGGCAUUAUGUCUCUCCUUCCUCUUGUCUCCUUCUGCUGUCACCUCCAAUGCUAAUUGUAUCCAGUUCUUGGAGAUCUGCUCAGUAAGCAAAGCAAUUCGGAGCCUCAGUGGAAUCAACUUUUGAGUAAAUAUGCUGAGAAUGAUGCCAGUGGUUCUUAACUCAUUGGAGCCAGGAUUUCUGGGAGUUGUAGUCCAAGAACAUCUGGGGACCCAAAGCUGAGAACCACUGCUGUAGCCAAAAUACUGUUGUGUGCAUGACGUUCUUUGCUCAGCCUUCAUGAGAUCUCCUGUCACUUUGCUGAAAAAGUCAUUGGACAUAGGAAGUUAAUUACACUGUGUUCACUGCUAUCCUGUGUGUUGGGAUUAUACAAGCAUUUAGUCCUUUCCUCUUUACUUCUAGUCAGGCAUUACUGAAGUAGGUAGAGUGGCAAACAGGAGGAGUCAGACGACUAUGCUGUCCCCUGCCUCUGUUGUCCGCUACAUACACAUGGAGGGGCCUUUCAGUAAAAGGAGACCCGUUACACAUUUUAUGGAAGCUCUUUGCUGUGCUUUUUAACCCUGGAAAAAUCAUAGUGCCAGAAAACUGGGGAGGAGCUUUCAUGGCCAGAAAAACAUUACUAUCUGCCCCAUGUAGAGGGCAAUGGAAACAGCAA